AUGACUUCCGAAGCGUCCUGCGCCGUUGACUAUAUCAACUUGCGGAAUAUCCGCCUUCCUCUACCUGUCGUACUUCAUCAAGAUGCUUGGUCGCGACACAGCAAACCACAACUAGCUGUGAUAUCACUUCGCGUCGCUUUUCCAAGGGUGUUGCUUCAGGAAGCUGGAGAAAACGAUGAUGUCGAGACUACAUUGAACUACAGCUCUCUAUAUCGCGCCUUGGAAAACACCAUUCGCAAAGCGAGUAACGAUACUGGUAGCUCAACCUGUACUAUCAGCGGAAACCAGACUCUAGGAGAAUUCAUGACAAUGAUAGAGGACCUUGUGAAGUCGGAGCAAAUCAACGCUAUACAGGCUACAAAGAGAAAAGUCUCCUCUGACUCAGUGCAAGAGGCUAUUGAUAAUGUUGAAAUUACUCUGCAUCUCCCGAAGGCAGCACUACGAGCUGCCGGAGGAGUGGAAUGUGUCUCACGCCGCCAUGGUCCUGGCUGGGGCAGGAAAGAAUUUAGAAUUGUGGGCAUACGCUCCUACUGCAUUAUCGGCGUUAACGACCAUGAGAGAACCGAAAAGCAAGCGGUUGACAUAACGCUCAGCUUCCAGUUUGACGAGUCCAAAUGCGAAGAGUUGACAAGCCUAUCUCUCAAUUAUCUUCCGCUUACUAGCAGUAUUGCGAAGGCUAUCGAUGUAUCGAGCUUCGAGACCGUUGAGGCACUAGCAACGAUGAUUGCCAAAACCGUUAUUAUAGGGAAUGGAUUCAGCGAGGUGACAGUCAGCGUGGAAAAAUUAAAUGCAUUGGCCUUCGUGGAAUACUCGGGCGUGGAAAUUACGCGAACAGCCAGUUUCUUUCCAUGA